AUGUCCGAAACAAAAUCCAUCGAAACACGGACCUCCCCAAUCUCAUGGUUCGACCGCUUUUGUUUUGUGGCAAGACGAGACGAUCCGAAAACUCACCCGGCAUGGCAAAAGAAUGCUAUAGUUGGGAUUGUUACUCUCUCUGCUUUCACUGCACCCUUCGCAUCCUGCAUUCUCUUCCCAUCUUUCGGGAUUCUCGUGGAACAUUUCCAUACUACCCAAACUAAAGUCGCUCUCACCACGACUGUGUUCCUUCUGGGUCUGGCAGCUGCGCCAUUGUGGUGGAGUACCCUAAGUCAACAAUAUGGUCGCCGGCCGGUGCUUGUCUUCAGCUUUCUUAUCUCGACAGUCGCCGUUAUUGUCUGUGCUGCUACCAACUCACUCCCUCUUAUCAUUGUGUUUCGUCUGAUUGAGGCGCUGGGCUGUUCAUCCGCACAAAGCGUAGGAGCAGGUGUGAUCAGUGAUAUCUACAAUUCAACUGAGCGUGGAUCAGCUCUGGGGUGGUUCUAUCUUGGCACGUUGAUUGGACCUUUGGUUGCCCCUGUUAUCGGAGGUGCCCUUCAAGUAUGGCUUGGCUGGCGAGCAAACCUUUACUUCAUGGCUAUCUUCACUUUUACCACUUCAAUCCUGACGAUGCUGUGUCUUCCUGAGACAUUGGCUAAAGUUUCUACUCCGAAACAUGAAAAGCUGCCCUGGUACCAUCACGUCCAGCGAGAUGUGCUAGCUCCCCUUCCGAAAUUGAAAUUCCUCUUGGUGGCAUCAAUUUCCUUGACGAUCGCCUAUAUCAGCAUCUGUUUCGCCAGUCUGUACUGCUUCAACACUACCCUUCCUUAUGCAUACUCGGCGCCACCCUACAAUUUCUCCGCGAUCGAAAUUGGCCUUUGUUACAUUAGCAAUUGCCUCGGAUAUGCGAUUGGGAGCGUUGUAGGUGGCAAGUUGAGUGAUGCUAAGCUACGUCAGUACCAGGCCACUCACAACGGUGACAUUAAUCCGACCGAAAGAAUCAAGACCGUGUGGUAUGGUGUUGGUUUUGUACCGGCUGGUUUGCUGAUAUACGGCUGGUUGGUUGAGAAUAAAGUGUUCUGGAUUGCUCCUCUCGUCGGCGCGUUCUUGUUUGGACUAGGACUCAUGCUGGUUACCUCGACGGUCAUGCCCUUCCUUGUGGAUAUCAAGCCGGGGAUGGGUGCUUCGGUUGUGGCAAAUCUAAAUUUGGUUCGCAAUGUUCUGGCGGCCAUAGGCACCGUUCUGUCACCGAUUGCUGUAACAAUCAUUGGCUUUGGGUGGUGGAUGACAAUCCUAGCAAUCCUUUGCUCAUUUUCAGUGAUCUUCAUAGUUAUUGUUAUCUGGAAAGAGGCUGCUGAAAGGAAGAAGUCGAUGUCAGGGGGUGCUGUCUAA